UAACCUUAAAUACCACAAAACGAAGCUCCACCACCACCACCACCAAAAAUGGUUUCAGAGUCGAGCACCACCGCUACAAGUAACUGCCCCAUCAAAACUGUGGUGGUUCUGGUCCAAGAGAACCGUUCCUUCGACCACAUGCUCGGGUGGAUGAAGUCCCUAAACCCUGAGAUCGAUGGCGUCACCGGAGCCGAGUCCAACCUCAAUUCUACCUCAGACCCCAACUCCAAACGUCUCUUAUUCGGCGACAACUCUGCCUAUGUCGACCCUGACCCGGGCCACUCCAUCCAAGAUGUCUACGAGCAAGUCUUCGGGGAGCCAUGGUCGGAGGCCUCAGCGUCAAAAAACGUUACCCCAACAAUGGAGGGUUUCGCUCAAAACGCCGAGAGAAAGCAGGCAGGGCUUGCCGAGACGGUUAUGAACGGUUUCAAGCCGGAAAACAUUCCAGUGUAUAAGGAGCUGGUGAAUGAGUUUGCAGUGUGUGACAGGUGGUUUUCUUCUGUGCCGGCGUCAACGCAGCCGAACCGGCAGUACGUGCACUCGGCAACUUCACAUGGACUUUCCAGUAACGAUACGAAGUUACUAAUUGAAGGGCUGCCACAAAAGACCAUAUUCGAGUCCAUGGAGGAGGCCGGCCACUCUUUUGGAAUUUACUAUCAGACCCCUCCUGCAACGCUUUUGUACAGGAAUCUAAGAAAGUUGAAGUACAUCGAUAACUUUCAUCAGUUUGAUCUACAUUUCAAGAAGCAUUGCGAGGAGGGAAAAUUACCGAACUAUACGGUUGUGGAACAAAGAUUCUUCGACAUACUGUCCUUUCCUGCCAAUGAUGAUCACCCAUCUCAUGACGUCUCAGAGGGUCAGAAAUUUGUAAAGAAAGUGUAUGAAGCACUGCGAUCAAGUCCUCAAUGGAAUGAAAUGCUGUUCGUGAUUGUAUACGACGAGCAUGGCGGUUUCUACGAUCAUGUUCCGACGCCUGUUAAAGAUGUUCCUAGUCCUGAUGACAUAGCCGGUCCUGCUCCCUACAACUUUAAAUUUGAUCGUCUUGGUGUUCGGGUUCCGGCAUUUCUCAUUUCUCCCUGGAUUGAGCGUGGAACAGUGUUGCAUGGGCCUGCGGGGCCAUAUCCUUCAUCAGAGUUUGAGCACUCCUCAAUUGCAGCAACCGUUAAGAAGAUUUUCAAUCUAAAAGAGUUCCUCACAAAGCGUGAUGCUUGGGCGGGAACCUUUGAUGUUUUAUUGACUAGAACAACUCCAAGAACUGAUUGCCCAGUUAUAUUACCUGAACCAGUGAAACUACGAGAGACUGGAACUAUAGACGAGGCAAAGAUUAGUGAUUUCCAAGAAGAACUAGUGCAACUAGCUGCAGCACUAAACGGGGAUCACAGAAAAGAUACAUAUCCCCACAAACUGGUGGAGAACAUGACUUGUUCGGAGGCACACGACUAUGUGGAAGAAGCGUUUAAAAAGUUUCAAGAUGAAUGCAGAAAAGCUCGGAAAAAUGGAACUGAUGAAUCUCAGAUUAUCGUCUGCGCAACGUCUCCUCCACUGCAGACGUCAAAGUCGUUUGUCCAUAAGAUGUUCUCUUGUUUGGUCUGCGAUAAUUGAGAACUACUCACGCCGUUAACGUGCAAUCGUGCAUGCAUGUUUCGGGUUGAAUUGCUUGGAUUAGGGUAUAUGCUUUUACACUAUUUAUUAUGAAAUUUAAUAAUUUGAUAAUAGAAUAAAGUGUACAAUGGCAUCAUUUGCCAUCACACAUUAUUUAAAAAGU